GACUCACCUCACAAAAGCCCCCCAAAAGUUGAUCCUGCCGGCGCCAAGGACGAUGGAGGCGGCGAUUGGCGCGGCACGUGGGCUCGUUGGCAGGGUAGUGAAUCUGCUGUCCAACGACCUUGUGCAGGCGUAUGUCGCCAGUGCUGAGCUCGGCCUCAACUCCGAGAAGACCAAAGAUGAUCUGAUGCGCACACAAGUGGUGCUGCGGGAGGCCCAGCGUAGAGGCGUGAUCAACAACCCCAGUUUGGAGGAGCUGUUGCACAAGCUCCACACCAAGGUCGGCAAGGCGGAGGACGCGCUGGACGAGCUCCAGUACAUCAUCAUCCAGGACCAGCUCGACGGCACUCAGUACGCUGUGCCGGAUCUGGGCAAUACCCUCUGGGGUCAUGCUCGCCACAUCCGUCAUGCCAUUCACCAUGCCAUCGGUAACUUCAUCCUUCCAUGCUUUUCUUGUUGGCUGCUGCAAGAUGAUGAUCAUGGUGCUGCUGCUAUAAAUCAUCCUCACAAUACCUCCAACCCAGCUAGUGGUAAUGAUGGUUCAGUUACUAAGUUGUCAUUCGACAGAGUGGCCAUGUCCAAGAAAAUCAAACAAGCCAUAGAGGAAAUGCACUCCCUGUGUGACCAAUUCUUGGAGUUGCUAAAAAUAAUCCCAGACCAUAGUAACAGUACUACAACUGUCAACCUAAAACGACCUCUCACAGGAUCAAUCACUGCACAAGAUAAAUUGUAUGGGAGGGAAGACCUGUUUGAGCAAACCAUAAAAGAUCUCAUCACCAAUUGCACAGAUAGCAAUAAAGCUCUUUCAGUUAUGCCUAUAAUUGGUCCAGGGGGUAUUGGAAAAACAACCUUCACCCAACACCUGUACAAAGAUAAAAGGACACGUGAACACUACCCUGCCAGGGCUUGGAUAUGUGUCUCAACUGAUUUUGAUGUGCUUAAGCUCAGUCAGCAGAUCCUUAGCCAAAUUGAAGAAAACAAUGAUGCAUAUCAAACAUCAAGUUUAAACCAGCUCCAGAAUUCCAUUGAAAAGGGGCUCAAGUCUAAAAGGUUUUUGAUUGUCUUUGAUGAUAUAUGGGAAUGCACUACUCAGGAUUGGGAAACCCUGCUAGCUCCUAUGGGAAAGGGCGAAACCACAGGUAACAUGGUUCUCGUCACAACUCGGUUCCCAUCUAAAGUUGAUGAUGUGAAAACAACCGACCCGAUUCUGCUGAAAGGCCUUGAGCUGGAUGAUUUUUUAACAUUCUUCGAAGCAUUAAUAUUUGAAGGACAAAUACCCCACAAUUUGAAAGAACUUGCAAAGGAUAUUGCCAAGAAAUUGAAGGGUUCACCUCUAGCAGCCAAAACAGUUGGUCGGCUAUUGAAGAAUGACCUAUCUAAGAAACAUUGGAUGGCAGUUCUCAAAGAUAAUAGAUGGCAAAAACAAAAAAAUAAUGAUGAUAUUAUGCCAUCUCUAAAGAUUAGCUAUGAUUACCUUCCUUUCCAACUGAAAAAAUGUUUUUCGUGUUUUUCCCUAUUCCCGGAAGACCAUAGGUUUAGCAAUCUAGAGAUUACAUGUUUUUGGAGUGCAUUAGGGAUCAUUGAAAAAGAUGAGAAUUACAUGGAAGAACUUUUGAAAAAUGGUUUUCUCGUGAAGGAGAAUGAUCGUUGGUCAAAUCAACAGUACUAUGUGCUGCAUGAUUUAUUGCACGAACUAGCUCGGAGUGUCUCGUCACAAGAAUGCCUAAAUAUAUAUAGCAAUGGAAGUUUUAGGGCUGAUGAUGUCCCAAAAUCCAUUCGUCAUUUUUCCAUCACCAUGAAAGACAAAUACGUUGAGACUUUUAGGACAGAAAUGACUAAAUUAAAGAGCAAGGUAGACAUCCCAAAUUUGCGUGCUCUAAUGAUUUUUAGAAAAUAUGAGGAACAAAUUGAUGAGAUUAUAGAAGACACUUUCAAGGAAAUAGAGGCCCUUCGUGUUCUUUUUAUCGAAGUCAUGUCCCCAGAAUCUUUACCACAUUACUUUCCAAAACUUAUCCACCUACGAUAUCUAAAAAUUAGUCCAUCGGAAUUUGGUUCAGAAGUGACUUUUCCUAGCACACUGUCAAGAUUUUAUCACUUGCAAUUAUUGGACCUAAGUGAUUGGUAUGAUCAAAGUGUUAAAUUGCCCAAUGACAUUAACCGCCUUACCAAUUUAUGCCAUUUUAUUGCCGAAAGAGAAGUCCAUUCCAAUGUUCCUGAGGUAGGAAAGAUGAAGUAUUUAAAGGAGCUUAAAGAAUUCCAUGUCAAGAAAGAGAGUGUUGGAUUUGAAUUGAGUGAAUUGGGGGAUUUAACAGAGCUUGGAGGAGAACUCAGUAUAUAUAAUAUUGGAAAUGUGGCAACCAAGGAAGAGGCCAUGAAAGCCAAGCUUGUGUCAAAAGGUGAUUUGGAAACGUUGAGGUUGGUUUGGGGAGGAUUGGAUGCAUCGGAACCAUCUGAUGGUGCAUCGGAAUCAUCUCAUGGUGCAUCGGAAUCAUCUGAUGCCCUUGAUGAUCCAACGGUAUCAUCUGAUGCCCUUGAUGGUACACCAGAAUUAUCUGAUGUUCUUGAUGGUCUUGAGCCACACCCUAAUCUUCAAUCACUUGGCAUUGAAAACCAUGGUGGUUCAGUCGGUCCACAUUGGUUGUGUGGUCACAUGAGCAUAAAGAUGCUUGUGUCUCUCCACCUAGAGGGUGUGUCUUGGGCCAUUCUUCCACCUUUUGGGCAGUUAUUGCAUCUCAGAUCACUCAAAUUAAUUAACAUUUCCAGUCUUGUUCAGAUCAAACCAGGGGUUGUUGGGGUCACGGCUAAAAGUUUUACGCAGUUGAAGGAGAUUGUUCUUGAUUCUUUGUCGGAAUUUACCCAGUGGGAUGAGGCGCCUAAUGCCCAUUCAUUUUCAAUGCUUGAAAAAAUUGUUUGCAAAGAAUGCCCCAAUCUCUAUAAAUUGCCAUUCCUGCAGGAUUGCUCUAUGGGCUCUUAUAACCAUCUGUGGAAACUUGAAAUUACUGGUUGCCCAAAGUUGCUUAUGCCCCUCAUGCCUCACACUUCCACACUAACUGACGUUACUGUGGAUACUAGGCGUACUGGGAGAAUGGUGUACGUGAACCAUAAUUUGUAUUUGACAAGGUAUAACAGGGCAUUAGCCUGGCAUAAUAUGGCCGGCAAAGUAGAGAGCAUCACAUUUAAAGCUGGAUCAACAGUCCCAUGGAUAAUCCUACAAAGUUUAACCUCCUUCAAGAAACUUGUAAUUGAAGGAGACUCAAGCAAGCAAUCGUUGGCUUCGCUCUCAUACCUCACGUCUCUCACCAAUUUAAGAAUACAAGAUUGUAAGAAUUUCAAAGUGGGUGGGUUCAAUCUUCUCAUGGCUUCCAACCUCAAGGAUUUGGCGGUCCACAACAUAAUUGAAUAUUACCCUCGCUUUGUAGCCGCGGAUCUUCUCUCGGAAUUGGCGGUGGAAAUAACAAGGAGUAAAAAGUUAUUACCACCUACAGCUGGCGCUUUACUCCAGUUGGUAAGACUUAAUGUGGAUAGCAUCUCGGCUGUGCUUGUUGCUCCAGUUUGUCGCCUACUCGCUGCUACCCUCAAGGAGUUAGUGAUCACGUGUGAUCGAGAGGUGGAGAACCUCACCAAAGAUGAAGAGAAAGCGCUUCAGCUCCUCACCUCACUCCAAGAACUAAGUUUUUGGAGGUGCCAUCGUCUGCGGUCCUUCCCUCAAGGGUUACACGGCCUUCCUUCUCUCAGGAAACUACAAGCCAUCACUUGUCGACGAAUCAGAUCGCUGCCCAAGAAGGGAAUCCCCACUUCUCUGCGGGAGCUAUCAAUAAAUGAUUGCAGUCGCAAGCUACACAAUCAAGCCAAGAAACUAAAUCAAAGAAAUUUGUCUGUAAGCGCCUAGCCCAAGGCUUGCUAGCACAGCUAUGUACUAUGUCAAGCUUUCAAAUUUCGAGCUCUGUGCAAUGUGUACAUAUAUUGUGAAUCCUUUCAGCCUAGGUGGCUACUCUUCCAGAGAUGGCCAUAUAUCCGCAGCUGGAUGAGUUAUGUCCUAUGCAUGCAUGUGCAACAAGUUAGGUUUUUACAAUACAUCGCAGAAGUAAAAUUAAUGAUCAGGCUAGGAAAUUAGGAGGAACAUAAGACCCAGAUUUACGAGUACAAAUUCAAGAGUAUCCAGAGGUUAGGAUGAAGAUGACCAUGGUCAUUGAUUACGGUUCUAAACCUAACUGACAAUUUUUAUAUGUUAAAUUUUGAAGAGCAAGGCGACACCCGAUCAACUACUGUGGAGGCUGCAGUGACUGAAUACUGCUAGGACCAUGUAACACCGGGUCCAACCACCUAUUUUAGUUCAACAGUUUUAUUUCACUUGUAAGCAAGAGGAUAUUCAGUCGGUGUUAUUCGACAUAAAGCUUCUUUUAGAAGAACAACAAUGUGAACCUUGCAACGGCAUCCUGUUCCUUGAGCAGGCUGCUUGUUAAGUGCAUGCGAAAUUGAUCGACGUACCUAAUUAUGAUGAUAAAUCCUGAAUUACUUGAAUCCUUUGUCAGAAGGCUCUUGUAAAACAAUAACUUGUAACUUGUGAGUGUCACACCCGAAGGACUGCAAGUACAUACUUUCUGAACCAUGGGUAGAGGAUGUGCUCCAUUGGUAGACAGCGAUAUGAAUCCAUCAGCUUUCCUUUAUUUCACCACAAAUAGCAGCUAACUUUUGAUAGCCAUCUGCCACUUUUAGGCGCCUCUUUUUGGCUUGCAGUCUACUAUGAAAGGCUGAAGAGAUAAAAAAAAAACAGAAGAGAAUGCCAUUGCAGUCGACAGGAGUUAGACAUUCACCAUGAGGUGAUGAUGCUUUCCUGUUGUUGUAAGCAUCAAUUAUAUCAUGCAGACAUAGAUCACACAUAGAUGCCUUGUGUAUUGUUUCCGUGGCAUGAUUGACAAGUUGUGAACACCUUCCCUAGCCUUAUUGUUGAUUGGAAUGUUUGUGUUUCAUGAUCAAGAUUAACAGCUUGCGUGGAAGGGCAGUUUCUCUUCUGGUUUACUAUUUGUUUCUUACGGUUCAAUUCCAUUGUACCACAAGUCCAACAACCACCAACUACAUCUUGCCUUGGGAGUUUCAGUUCCAGCUUAAUUAGCAGGUUCGCCAGUUCACCGGCGACUCAAAAAGUC